AUGACUGGAUUCGCAAGUCUCCCCAUCGCGGACGAGGGCGCGGGCCACGACGAUCCAAUGCGCGAAUUCGGUGGUGUAUCCAAAAUAAUAGGACCAAGAUGGGCACACUUGCCUACCAUAACUGUUGGCCUGCUGGGCGUGCAGAUAUUCUGGUCCGUUGAGAUGUCUUACGCCUCGCCGUAUCUGUUGUCCCUAGGGCUGUCGAAAUCCAACAUGGCGGUAGUGUUUCUCGCAGGACCACUCUCUGGUCUGAUAAUGCAACCGAUAAUAGGUGUCCUUGCCGACAACUCGACUUCACGGUUCGGCCGACGGAGACCUUACAUGAUUGGAGGGUCCAUUGUAUGCGCGUGCGCCAUGCUAUUGCUUGGGUACACCCGAGCCUUUGCAUCCAUAUUUACUGGGAAGGACAGCGAUGCCACCGACAUAUUGACGAUAUGGCUAGCUGUUCUUGCUAUAUACCUCAUCGACUUCUCUAUAAAUGCUGUUCAGGCUGUCGACCGAGCCCUUCUGGUGGACACUUUGCCCUCGAUUGAGCAACCAGCGGGAAAUGCUUGGGCGGCUCGGAUGCUCGGCGUUGGAAGCGUUGUCGGAUUCUUUGUUGGCAAUAUCGACUUGCCCUCUAUACUACCCUUCUUAGGUUCGGGGCAGCUACAGGUUCUAUCUGCGGUCGGAUCUUUCUUGCUUCUAGCGACUCAUAGCGUCACAGCGAUGUUCGUUAAGGAGCGACGGCUGUUAAGCAUUUCUAGGGUCAGUUCAAGACAAGCAAAAGAGAAUAGAAUUGUGAGAGAAAUAAAGGACAUAUUCUCCAAUAUGUUGUCGCUUCCAAGAGUAAUACGGCAGAUUCUUACCUUCAUCGAAAGUGCUUGGAUAGGUUGGUUCCCGAUUUUGUUCUAUACCACCAUAUACGUCGGAGACCUGUACAAACGCGCCCAUUCCUCCUCCUUACCUCCUUCCUCCUCUCCCGACUUUCCACAAGCCCAAGCCGACCUCGACGCAACAGCGACACGUCUUGGCUCUCGCGCCCUAUUCUACUCUUCCCUGCUUUCGCUUGCAGCAAAUAUCCUGUUGCCAUUCUUUGUUGCUGAAGCCAGCGAUGGAUCCGACGAGUUCAACAGCCGACAUGUCUCUGGCAUUCGAGCGAAGCUCCUGAAGCUAGGUGCGUUGUUGACAAGGAAGAAGGUGCAUCUCGCAAGCCUCUGGGCUGUGAGCCAUCUCAUCUUCGCCUUGUGUAUGUUUGGUACCUUCUUCACUGGCGGGGUCUUUGGUGCUACGGUUCUUAUGACAAUCACCGGAUUUUCCUGGGCUGUAACACAAUGGGCUCCAUUCGCCUUGCUCGGGGAAGCCAUUCUCGCGGACUCCUCGACGACUGACGACGCGGGGUCAAUACGGCUAGCCGAUACGAGGACGAGGGAGUUAUCUAGUGGCUCCACUUCAUACGGUGGCUCCGACGCCGACGCUGGAGAGCGCGACGGUUUCUUGGCUGUGGCUAGUGAUGAUGGUGCGAAGGGAGGCGAUUCGGACAACAGCGACGACGAGGACAACGUGCUUCGCCAGCAAGACGAGCGCCGGCGCGCCUUCAUUCUUGGAGGAAAUGGGCAGGCCCAAGUUAGCCGCGCUGAUAUCAGUAGCGGUAUGGGCGAUUAUGACGAUGAUGAACAAGAAGGUGGAGGGCUAAGUGCAAAAGCCGGUAUAAUUCUGGGCAUACAUAACGUAUUCAUCGUCAUCCCUCAGUUCUUAGUGACCGGUCUCUCGUCCAUUCUAUUCGCCAUUUUCGACCCACAAAAGUCGGUGUUGCAUGGAGCUCACCCAGGAAGUAUCGGGAACAACACCGUGGCAGGUGUUGAUACCAGGGACCUGACAUCACAAUUGUUUCCCCGAGAACCUGAGAUACAGGGCGGGUCUAAUUCCGUUGUAUAUAUCUUUAGAAUAGGAGGAUUAUCGGCAGCGAUUGCCUGUGUGCUGUGCUGGCGGCUCGCGAGGGAGAUGGGGCAUAGAUGA